AUGGGACGAAAUCUAAAGAUCUCAAAAACCAUAAAGUAUCUCGGACUUACAUGGGAUCAGGGUCUCACAUGGCUGCCCCACCUUCAAGACAUCAGAGUCAAGACAGCAAAUAUAGCUAAGAAAGCCAGACAAUUCCAGGGAAGCAACUGGGGGCAAAACCCUCACAUCCAGAAACUGCUAUAUCUAACGGUAGCGGAGAGAAUUGUUCUUUACGCAUCGGCUAUAUGGGCGCAACCAAUGAGCAGUCGCAAGAUCAAACUCUUGACAACAAUACAACGGCCAUUUGCUCUAAACAUAAAUGCCAACUUUGCUGGCACCGCCUUCCAUGCAACACAGUAUGAAUUACCAGGGAGUGUGCAGUAUGUGCACCCGGCACACAAAAGUAAAGGCAUCCAUGUCGUGACAGCACAACACCCAACGCCUCUCAGAGAAACUCCACAUGUGAACUCACGAUUCUACACCGAUGGAUCAAAGCAUGACAAUGGAGUGGGAUGCGCCUUCGUUCACUUCAAAAAUGACCGAGUGGAAAGCAAAUGGAAAGGCCAUCUCGCUACCCACAACAGCAUUUUCCAGGCAGAAGCUGUGGCAAUAGCAGCUGCAAUUCAGUAUGCUCAGGAUAUCAAUCUAGCAGCAACCGAAAUUCACACAGACAGCAUGUCAGUGCUACAGGCAAUCAUGAAUCACCACCAUACCUCACCCACAAUUAUAGCAAUCCAACAGCUCCUGCGUAACAAUAUGCAAACACACAUCAUCAAACUAAUCUGGGUGAAAGGACAUGAUGGCAUAGAGGGUAACGAGAUGGCAGACCAGUUAGCAAACGAGGCGGCACUCAACAACGACGCGCAAGAGGUGACAACUCCAAUCCCGACUUCGUAUUUAAAGCGAAAGCUAAGAGAACUAAGCAAAGAACAGUGGCAACAGGAGUGGGAUAACUGUGAUACAGGAAGAAGGACACAUGGAUUCUACCCAAUAGUAGACAACGAACGUCUCCAGGCCAUUGCACCCUUGACAUACUAUAUCACGGGGCACGGCCCAUUUCCAUCCUAUUUUCAAGACAUGCAAUUUCGAUGA